AUCCUCUAGAGAAUAUAUGUUCAAUAUUGUUUAACCUCGUGGCAGUAGACGACAUAAAGAAUUCUCAAUAUAUCAGAGAAGCUGUGACUUUUACCCCGAUAACUGAGGAGCCGGACAGAAUGGGACUUCGGGGAAAUGUUGUUGUGGAGGUUGCAUUAAGAGUUGUCCUACUUGGAUUGUAUAUAUGGUCGGACCUGCAGCUACCAUUUACCCGAGUAAUCCAGCCAGAAGAGUGGUGGCUGUACAAAAACCCUUACACUGUUUCCGCUGAUGUUACAGUCACAACCCCACAACUGUUUUUUAUAAUGCUCUGCAUCGCAGCCCUGAUAUCGCUCAUCGGUAUUUGCUGCCAGAAUCCUAAAGAUAUUUUAAUCGGGUUACUAGGUUUCACUAUGUCAAUCCUCCUGAACGGCUUCAUCACUAACGGUAUAAAACUGAUGGUUGGUCGCCCACGGCCUGAUUUCUAUUACCGCUGUUUUCCCGAUGGUAUCUCCAAGUUUGACGGGGUUACUCCUAUCUGCUCCGGGGAUUCCGAGGUUAUCAUUGAAGGAAGGAAAAGUUUUCCAAGUGGCCACUCCAGCUGGUCAUUUGCUGGACUGCUCUUCCUCUCCUAUUACCUAGCGGGGAAACUGCAGUGUUUCUCAGCCCCCGCCCCCAAGUCCCUCCUCAACUUUUGCAUUUCCCUCUGUCCCUCUCUGCUAGCACUCUUCAUUGCGCUGUCCAGAUACUGUGACUACUGGCACCACUACCAGGAUAUUGUUUGGGGCAGCGUGCUUGGCACAAUAAUAGCAACUGUUAGCUACUUCUACUACUACCCGUCCCUCUCCGACCCUCUGUCGCACAAGCCACGUGAUUCGGAGCACAUUGGUAAACAGUAUAUGAAAAAUUCUGUUCCUCUGCUGCCUCAAAGUGUUAAAAUCAUGUAAUUCUAUUAAUAUAAAUCUUAGUAAGGUUGAUUUUUAACUCAGAAUUAUGAUUUUUAUCCUAGAAAGAAGUUGUGAAAUGAAACCUAAUAUUUUAUUGUUUCUUCUUUUAUUUUCCUAAUACAAGAGGGAAUAUAUUGACAAUAUUUUUCGAUAACAUACAAAUUGUAAAUUCAACUGUGGACAAGUGUAGCUUGGCUCUUUUUAUCACGGAAAAGCGCAAUUUGCGUUGUACUGCAUACCAGUUUUCUGUUCACGAAUUGUAUCAUUAACUUUGUGUCACUCAAUUGUGUUUGGAUAUUGUAUUAAAUGCAUCAUUUUGAUUUUGUUUUUAUAAAUUAUGGAUUUAUGGUAAUGGGUUAAAACUAUAUAUGAAUAUCAAUAACAUAUUAUGCAUGUUAUCAUUGGCGGUUUUAAUUGAAGAACGAUUUAGGUUUUAAAUAAGAUUAGUUAUUUUUGCUAGGAACUACGAUUAAAUUGAAUUAGAAACGUAACUGCUAAAUCUGGGUGAAAAACCAAAAACCGCUUCUCAAACGAUCCAA